CUUUUCUCUCUCGCUCAGUCGCUGGUAUUUUUUUGAACUAUCGAGAAAAAAAAUUGUAUACCAAUGCUACAGCGUUAUUUCGGUAACCUGACCAGUGCUGACUGACACUGACUGUUGAUAAUGGGUUCUAUCAUGAUGGAUAAUUCACAAGAAUAAAUGACCAGGAAACAAAAUGAAUGGGAAAGUGAUCCCGGGAACGCCUAUCGCUGUGGACUUCUGGAAGACGCGGGAAUGUCCCAACGCCAGGCUGUUUUUUCUGACGCAUCUCCAUGGCGACCACAUUGUGGGGCUGUCCUCCUCAUGGCAACACAAAAUCUACUGCUCCGAAGUUACUGGCAAAUUACUGGUGGAGAGGUACGACAUUGAUGCGUCCCUGAUCAGCCCGUUAGAAACGGGGUGCAGCCAUAUUCUGUACAUCGACUCCGACCAGAUAGAACAGAUGUCGGUAACUGUGAUAGAUGCCCACCACUGUCCAGGCAGUGUCAUGUUCCUCUUUGAAGGCUAUUUUGGUAAAAUCUUGUACACUGGUGAUUUUCGUUUUGACUCGGAAAUGAAAGAUGAUCCUAUGAUGAGAAACCUUCUCCAUGCAGAUACAUUAUACCUAGACAAUACAUACAACUCUCCAAAAUGCGUGUUUCCAUCUCGAGAGGAAAGUUUUAAGCAAAUGAUAGAAAUCAUUCAAAGCCAUGAAGACUUUCAUAUCAAGAUUGGAUUGAGGAACCUUGGGAAGGAAGACUUGCUUGUGAAAAUAGCAGUGGAUCUGAAUGAGUGGAUCAAGGUUCCCCCGUCCUUCUUCCAGCUGGCUGAGCUCCUGGAUCUUCCAGAUGUAUUCAUCACAGGGGAAACAGAUGCCCGGAUAGAAGUCGUCCCAUUCUACUCCAUCUCCAAUAAAAAUAUAGAGCGAUGGAACAAAGAAUGUCCUACCAUUGCUCUCCUGCCUACCUCCCUGUACACAGGAUUAGAAAUGAGUCCGUUCUGUAACCAGGAAAAUGUUUAUAUUGUACCUUACUCAGAUCACAGCUCAUUUGAUGAGCUCAUUGAGUUUGUCAAACUCAUCAAACCAGGCUGCAUAUAUCCCAUUGUGUGUGGGGAGACUAGGGGGCCAUUUGGAUCCAGUAUAUCCGAUCGAGCUAAUAUCUCUGUGUUCGAGCCUUACCUUUGUAAUAAGCAAGGAAGGAAUAAUGAGAUUCCAGAGAGUGUCAAAAGAUGGAUGUAUGGAAAUCGAACUGCUUUGAAACCUGCCAAAGUUUUGAACAAAAAGCUAUUCGCCUUGGCAAGAAAAAGAUCAUCGCAAAACUUCAAAAGAGGAGUUCAUUUCGAUGAUUCCAUGGAAGAGUUUUCAGAGCCAAAGAAAAAAAAGACUAAAUACCUGAAAGACAAACAACUAGCAUCAGACUCAAACAUUGAUGGAAAAUCCACAGAACAGCUUCAUGGAAAUGUCAGGGAAAAUUCAGGAUCAGAGGUGGGUGGAAAAUCUUCACCAAAAAAUAAACCACUGGCUGCUGUAGAUAACCGAACUGGAGAAAAUGUACAAAAGGAAUUUUCCAAGAAAGAUAACUGUGGAAAGAGUUCAGAUGAGGAAAUUCCACAGUAUAUGGAAAGAGUGGAAGAAAAAAGAGAAAGUCCUGCCAAAGAAGAUCACCAGGGAACGCAUAAAACAAACUUACAGCAGAAAGAUGUUGGUGUUAAUAGUGUAAAUAAAGGUGCUGAUAAAAAUUCUCAAGGUCAGAAAAGACCCUCCAUUAAAAAUUUUAUUCAGUAUGUGUUGGACACGGAUUUUGUAAAAUCAAGCCACACGGACAGUGAGGGUAAUCCGAUGGACAGGAAUGGAGGAUCCUGCCCAGAUCCUGGAAUGCCCUGCAGGAUGGAGAGAAAGAUGGGUCUGCUCCGAGUGAUCCCUCUAUCAUCCAACAAGCCUCAGGAAAAUUACAGAUCAGGGAAGAAACAAGGGUCCUCGUGUAGUUCUGUUUGUCGGCCAUUGUUAAAUGUGAAACCAUUGUGAACAAGUACAUGUGUACCUACAUAAUAGUUUGUGUGUAGUCUGCUGAUCAUCAAUGUAGUGUCUUAUUUAUGUUUUAGAUUAAGUUAUGAAAAUAUUUUUAAGAUACAGAAUCUAUUUUUUAUAAAUGUUUUUAUACUAGUUUUAAUUCAAAUGUGUUCAAUAGAAAAGCUCAGUAAAAACUGUAUAAAUGUUACAUAUGUGUAUUAUCGCCAAGUUAAGUCAUAUUUUUUUUUAAUUAAAAAUAUCUAUUCAUUGAACAA